UCUCCUCCAUCGGGCUCUCUGUUCGCCAUGCGCGGUCCUUCACAGUCGCCGGGCUGAGGCUAAUCAAGGAUAUUCUCGUAAUUCCGCAAAUGAAAACUUCGCGCUACUCUUCUUAUCCAAUAAAUACCGCCUUCUAAUUCUCUCGCUCCUUCAUUUUUUACUCCCCCUUCCUCUCCCAAAACCCCAAGCCCUAAUCCGCAGAGAAGAGCAUGACCGAGUGACAGCAAUCCCUCAAUUCCUCCAACUAACCAUGAGCAGAAACGCUCAAUUUAUCAGAAAAAUGAAGCCUCGGUGAGGAUUCAAGCGAUGAAUCAGUCGAUAACCGAGAAACGGAGACGCGGCAUCCACAUCGCCGGCGCCACCGCCGGCGUUACGAAUAAGAUUACUUCGCCGUCCGCCACUGAACAAUCCGGCAAAAUUGUCCGUAUCUUCUUCUCGGAUGCUGACGCGACUGAUUCAUCAAGCUCCGAGGAAGACGAGCCCACCCAGCGCCGGCAGGCUAAGAGAUUUGUCCACGAAAUCGCCAUGGUUACCUCCAUAUCCGGAGACCAGAAGCCCCAUCAGCGGCUAACUCUACCGCCGGCCGUUCCGCCACCCGACGGCCAAAGAAAAAAAUUCCGCGGGGUUCGGCAGCGGCCUUGGGGCCGAUUCUCGGCGGAGAUCCGAAAUCCCAUUCGCGGGAAGAGGGGGUGGCUGGGGAACCUUCGAAGGCGGGGACCCUUCGAUACGGCGGAGGAGGCCGCCGCCGUCUACGAUCUUGCCGCCCUCCAGAUAAAAGGUGAGAAGGCGAUUACCAACUUUCCAGUGGGGAAAAUAAGGCACGAAUCGGAAUCAUCGGAGGAGGAGGCGGCGCCGCCACCGGCCGUGGAGGCGAUGGCUGGGCUUGCAGCGUCGAUACCUUCUCCGACGUCUGUCCUCCAAUUCAAGGAAGAGGAGGAGCUGCCGUUGGGCGAAUGGAUCGGCUACGGGGUUGUGGACGCCUUUGGAUUCAGCGUGGAAGAGGGACCGCUUUGCCUGGCCGAUUCUUUCAUCCCAAAGCCGGCGAGUUGGGAGAAGAUUGAAUCUGAAGAGCUGGAUGACCUCUUGCUCCUGGAGGCAGCAGGGCUGCCGAGUUUUGGUUUCGCUACUGAGUGGGAGUGAGUGAGUGACUCGGAGAAUAAGGGCAUUGGAAUUUUUAUCUAAUUACUGAUAACUGAAUCAUGGUGGUAGUUUUGUGCGAUUUAUUUUAAAUGAGAAAUACUAAUUUGGCAGAAUUCAACGUGGACGGUGGAUCUUGACUCAUCUGGACAUUUGAUUAUUUU